AGUUCGAUUUGUUUCGUCGAGUGAAGCUGAUCUCUGAAAGCACGCGUGUGUUCGGCGUAAAGUGUCUGUCUGUUACAGUUACUGAGUGUGCUGGCUGGUGGAAAACGUGCAAGAUGGGCAAGCGGAUGAUCGUGUCGAUCGUACUGAUCGGAUGCUUUUGCGCUCUGGAAGUGCACCCCUUUGACUUCGGUGGAUUGGUGAAAAAGACGGGAGACGUUGCAAAGGUGGCAGCCAAAACGGCGAAGGGUAUUGCUGAGAGUAUACCGCAAAUAUUCUCUCCGGAGCAGCUGCUGGAAUUUAGUAAGCAGUCGAUCAUUGGCCUACCGGCGGAAGCGAUCGCUGCAACGAUCAAUCAAAUAUGUUCGGUGGCACUACUCUCCAAUGCAACUGCUUCCGAGAAUGAAGUCAACAUAACGGACAUGAACUACAUACUGAUGACGGAAGACAACAACGUAACCAUACCGUUGCUAGAAUCGGACGAUCUGUGGAAGAACGAACUGUUCAACAAAUCAUACGAUACGGUCAUUUUGGUGACCGGAUGGACGUCGAACGUGAACGAGCCGAAUCGGGCAAUCGAUACGAUCUACAACGCGUAUAAGGCACGUGGCGGGUACAACUUUGUCGUUAUCGAUACGGCCGAAUAUGUGGACACACUGUACACUUGGUCCGCAUUCAAUACGAACGAUCUUGGCGAAGGUUUGGCGGAUGGGCUGAAGGGACUGAUCAAGUACGUGCCACUGGAGAAGAUUCACCUGAUAGGCCACAGCUUGGGCGCACACAUCGUUGGAGCUGCUGGGCGAUACUUUCAGUAUAAAACAAACAAAUCGAUACCACGUAUCACCGGUCUUGAUCCGGCCAAUCCAUGCUUCAAUGAGGGCGAAUCGCUGAGUGGCAUACAGCGGGGUGAUGCCGAUUUCGUGGACAUUAUUCAUACCAAUGCGAAGGUGCUGGGCAAGCGUGAUCCAAUCGGAGAUGCAGAUUUUUAUCCCAACGGCGUCGUUUCCGUCCAACCGGGAUGUCUAGACCCGGCAUGUUCUCAUAAGCGUGCCUGGGAGCUGUAUGCCGAGACGGUGUAUCCCGAAACGGAAAAGAGCCUGUUGGCGGUGAAGUGCAACUCCCUUCUCUCGCUUAACACUGGCGGGUGCGUGAGCAACCCGAUUCCACUUGGCUUUGCCUGCCCCAAAACGGCCAAAGGAAACUUUUUCCUAAAAACGAACGACAAAUCACCAUUUGCUAUGGCAUCGUAGUGCCAACUAACGGUCGAUAUGAGCUUAGAUGGUUAGGGGCGUAAUAUGUUGUUUGUUUUGAGGCUUCAUAGGAAGUUGUGGAAUGUAAUUUGUUGAUUGUUGAAACGUUGAACAGAAAUGUAAAAUGUGUUUGAUUAGCUUGAAUGUAAGCAUAAGGUAAUUGAAAUAAAUUGAGUUUGCAAAGAA